GCUCCCAAUCCUGGAUUCAUUUCGCCGAGGUGCAACUUUUUUUUCUUAUUCUUUUUUAAUUCCAGACCGAAAUUUGAAAGUUUUUGCAACUUUUACCCUCAAUAUUCGUGCCGCCGUUGAUGUCUUUGUGGCCGUUUGGCGCUGCGCCCUGCGUAUCGUGGACUGAUGUUUCCACACAUGGAGACUUGUAGAAUGACUCUUUUCUAGAAUUACCAGACCAGGACGAGCUGAUCGGUGUGAUGAAGGACCGGCUGGCAGAGCUGACUGCUGGUAAUGUACAAGCAGAGGAGGAUGUUGUAGUGGCAGUGGACAGAGAUGGCUUCAUGGAGAGUUUCUUCAGGAGGGUGGAAGAAGUCAGGGGACUCAUUGAUAAAAUCUCCUACCAAGUGAACGAGGUGAAGAAGAUCCACAGUAUGAUCCUGUCUGCGCCCAAUACAGACGACAGAACAAAAGAUCAACUGCGCUCGCUGACAAACGAUAUCAAAGGCAACGUCAAUGUUGUGCGAACCAAGUUAAAAACCAUGGAGCAGAGCAUGCCCAAAGAUGACGCUGCCAACAGGUCCUCUGUGGACUUCAGGAUACAGAAAACACAGCACACCGUGUUGUCCAGGAAGCUCGUGGAGGUCAUGACCCAGUACAACGAGACGCAAGUGUUCUUUCGAGAAAGGAGCAAAGGAAGGAUCCAGAGACAGCUGGAGAUUACUGGAAGAGUCACCACCAAUGAAGAACUAGAGGACAUGCUAGAAAGUGGAAACCCUUCCAUCUUCACAUCCGACAUCAUUUCCGAUUCCCAGAUCACGCGUCAGGCCUUAAAUGAGAUCGAGUCACGGCACCAGGACAUCAUUCGCUUGGAGACGAGCAUCAGAGAGCUCCAUGCAAUGUUCAUGGACAUGGCGAUGCUAGUUGAAACACAGGGGGAGAUGGUGGACAACAUUGAGAAGAAUGUCUCUAAUGCAGCUGAAUACAUCUGUCGAGCCAAGGAAGAGACCAAAAAAGCAGUGAGGUACCAGAAGAAGUCCCGCCGGAAAUACAUUAUCAUUGCCUUUGCUCUGCUCAUCCUGCUCGCUGUCAUUGCACUGAUUGUUGGCCUGUCUGUUGGACUAACCAAACCCCCCGUAUGAGACCCUCUCUGAGAAACUUCUGCUCUUUGCCAUGUGUGGAGGUCUUCUGCUUUUACUCAUCAUAAUAGUCGGAGUGUUUGAGUAAUGGAUUUCAUGGUUCACAACCUCAGCGCCGCCAGCUACUCUUGCUGUGAUGAAGCUUCUACCAGCUUUACAAAAAGGCCGCUCCUCUCUAUUCUUCUGCGUUACACAGGGGGAUGUCUUGAAUAGAUGUGCGAUGCACUUUGCACAAGUAACUUCAGCCCUCAUGGCUCAAUGUUCUGUGCAGCAAGCUGAAGAGGCCGGACUCACAGCAGAUUUUUAUACCCACGUAUACUGCAUUGCUACCACUUUUUUUUUUCUACUUUGGACUUCAUCUUCUUCUGAUGAAUUCAAAGGAAUAGUUUGACAUUUUUUUGGGAAUGUAUUUGCUUUCUUUGUGAGAUUUAGAAGAGAAGUCUGCAUGCUGUGGGCAGUUUUUACCGCUCACUGUUGCCAGGCAUUUAGCACAGAAAACGAGAGGAUCCGAGCUUUCGAACGUAACACAGAAACAAGGUAAACAAGUGUUGUUGUUGUUUUUGUUCAAAGUCAAACUAUUACAUUAAUAGUAAAGAAAUGGGGCAGUAAGUAUAUAUUUUUGUUUACAUUUUCAAGUGUAUGCUCCAUGUAAGCUUCACAUUUUUGAUUAUUUUGUGAAAUUCAUGAGAACUGAAUGUAAAAGUACAACAGCUCAGGAGUUCUUUAUAAGCAGAAACACACACUCACAUGAAUGUGUUUUUAUGUAUCAGUGAAGUUUUUUUGUACUAGUUUCAGUAAGUAAAAAUGUUUUCCCUCUCAAAUAGAGUUUCCCAUUUAGCAAUCCUAAAAGUGUCUCUUUAUAAUUUAAUAUGUUUGCUUACCUUAUUAUAUUUGUAAAGGCUGUUAUAUUUAUUUAUUACAACCAUUGUGUGUGAUGACUGAAAUACAAGUAGUGAAAAAAGUCAUGCAGUCUUGUAGGACUCUUGGAUGACUGUUUCAAGAGCACACAGUCCAGUUUAGUCUUGUUUGUGAUUUAUGCCUUCUGUAU